AUGAUUCCAGGAGCUGUGUGCAAAGUAUUAACACUUUUAUUUGGUGUAAUGUAUCCAGCAUAUGCAUCAUACAAGACGGUGAAAAACAAAAAUGUGAAAAAUUAUGUUAAGUGGAUGAUGUAUUGGAUAGUUUUUGCAGCAUUCAUUUGUAUCGAAAGCUUAACUGAUAUAUUCCUUGAAUUUUGGUUCCCAUUUUAUUAUGAUAUUAAAUUGCUCGUGCUGUUAUGGAUUUCUUGUCCAUUUACAAAAGGUUCAACAAUUCUAUACAAACAACUAGUACAUCCAACUUUGUUAAAAAAAGAAACGGAUAUUGAUGAAUUUUUGGUCAAUGUUAAAUCACGUACCUACAAUGCUUUAGCGUCAACCGCCAAACAAACAUUUCAAAUGACAGCUGCAAUUGUUGCCCAGCACACAUUAGUUGGGCGUAUGCCAAUGGUUCUUCAACAAAUGGUUACAUUGGACAAUGAGUAUUUACCACAAAAUCCAGCAGCUGUCAUAAGAAAAGUGAAAAAAAAGAAACCCGCAACGAUUUUAAUGGAAGAUACUGUGUCCGAUUCUUCUACUGACUCAUCGCCAAUAGAAUCUACUAUUGUAGUUGAAGAUGUGCCCAUUCAGAGACCUAAACGUAGUAAAGUGCAAUAUCAACAAAAAGCUAGUAACAUUAUAAAUAAGAGACAGUAA